UCCGAGAAGAGCAAAGCGUGUGGCAAUUCGUCAAUGUCAAGGCAAUGUGGCUGCCAGUAUGCAGUCGUGCAUUCGCUGCUCUGAAGCUACUUCACAUAAAUGUUCCGGUGUACACCCUCAGGGGCAGGACCGCGCUUCUAGAAUGCAGAUAUGAUCGGGAGAGAGACCAUCUGUAUGGUAUCACAUGGUACAAGGACCACGAGGUAUUCUACAAAUACGUACUCCGAGAUAAAAAUCCCCACGUCUAUGACGUCAAUGGUGUUAAAGUUGACAAAUCUCGCUCGGACGAUCAGACAGUGACGCUCCAGGACGCAAAUCUUCAUGCCAGCGGCGUGUACAAGUGCGAAGUCAACGGGGAGGGGCCGAGCUUUAACACAGUCAGUGCCGAGGCGAGAAUGGAGGUCAUAGCACUACCUCAGGAAAGGCCAACGAUAACCGGAGAGGAAAAGGUGUACGCAAGCGGAGACGUGCUCGCGCUGAAUUGCACCAGUGGCAAGUCCUAUCCCGCCGCAAAACUCAGAUGGUUCGUUAAUGGCGAGCAGGUGAAGCCCAAUUCGGAAUUGGAGUUCGAGCAACACGGACUGUACUCGACGAUAUCGAGUCUACUGCUCGAGCUGGAGCCGGGUCAUCUCGCCAGCGACAAGAUAAACGUCAGGUGCGAGGCGGCGGUGCGAUUGACUUACGAUGGCCACGACGUGGACAUUCGCAACACCGAGAUCCUUGUUCAAGGUCUCGCCACCGUGACGACACCAUCACUAUGUCUGUUGGUGGCUGCAGUACUACAACGAUUUUUGCUGCCUGUGUAGACCGUUCCGGCGCGAUGAGGGCGUCAAAACUGACUCUAACACGAGAGAAGACAAAGAGAAAAAGCGGAGCCUCACGGAGGAAACGGAAGGCGAGGAACGACCAACGUUUCGUGACGAAAGACAAUCAUAUCUUAAUACGAAGCGAACUGCGACGAGAAAUCGGGGGAUUCGCGUCGAGACUUGUCGAUCGUUAUCGCAAGUGGCGAACGGCCGCCACGCGUUCUUGCGAUUUUUGCACGUCGCUGCGCCUUCUCGUUAGACCGGAGAGGAGAAUAUCGUGCUGAGGCAAAAUCGAUCCGCUCGUCAUUGCUCUCGAGAGUACAUCUCCCCCC